CCAAAGAGUAUAUCUGUUCAUCCUCAUCAUUCCAACAUAUCCGCUUGAAGGCUGACACCUCACUCAACCACCAUUUGUAACAGGUGAGUAAUAAAUCACCCAAACUUGAAAAGGAUCCGGACCCGAUUUGUACGCUCCAUCAAAUUCAAACUUUGAGGAUUGCAAUUUCAAUCAAAGACUCUGUGUUUGCAAAUGCAAGCCGAUCUAUUAUUGUAAUUUAACUCUAACCCUAACUUGAAAUUUGGUCGAUAUUUGAUGGCGGAGAGGCCGCCGGAGGAUGAUCGUAGCAGCGAAGAGAGCAGCGACUGCACGUCUGAGGACGAAGGAAUCGAGGAUUACAGGCGUGGUGGAUAUCAUGCCGUUAGAAUUGGUGACGCCUUCAAAAACGGCCGUUAUGUUGUGCAAUCGAAGCUCGGCUGGGGACAUUUCUCCACCGUUUGGCUCGCUUGGGACACUCAAAAAACCCACUAUGUAGCUCUGAAGGUUCAAAAGAGUGCUCAGCACUACACUGAGGCGGCUAUGGAUGAGAUAACUAUCUUACAACAAAUUGCAGAGGGAGACCCAGAUGACAAAAAAUGUGUAGUAAAGCUCUUGGAUCAUUUUAAGCAUUCGGGCCCAAAUGGACAACAUGUUUGUAUGGUUUUUGAGUACUUAGGGGAUAAUCUUUUGACCCUUAUUAAGUAUAGUGAUUAUCAUGGAGUCCCUGUUCAUAGGGUUAAAGAGAUCUGUUACCAUAUAUUAGUGGGCUUAGAUUACUUGCACAGACAGCUCUCUAUUAUACACACUGAUCUGAAACCAGAGAAUAUAUUGCUCUUGUCCAUGAUAGAUCCCUCUAAGGAUCCCAGAAAAUCAGGCGCUCCUCUCAUUCUUCCCAAUAAAGAUAAGAUUCUGUUGGAGGCUCUGGAUGGGAAUUCAAAUGGAGGUUUGACAAGAAAUCAGAAGAAAAAAGUUAGAAGGAAGGCUAAGCAUGUAGCUCUGGGGUGUGUGGGGAAGGAUGUUGCUACUGAAGGUGAUGCAAAUCCUGAAACGUUUGAUGCAGUGGAGUCAUCUCUUAAUGCAAAAUCAAGUGUGGAUUUGGUGGGAGACCUGCCAAGUAGUUCUGCCAGUGGAAGUAAGGAAUCAGAUGCUGAUGCAACAAAGGCUACUGGAUCCGGGAAGCUAGGUAAUAAACGGGGGAGCCGUUCUACAAGGAAGAAACUGCUCCAAUCAGUAGACUUGAAGUGCAAAUUAGUGGACUUUGGAAAUGCUUGUUGGACGUACAAACAGUUUACGAAUGAUAUUCAAACAAGACAGUAUAGGUGCCCGGAGGUGAUCUUAGGUUCUAAAUAUUCUACAUCAGCAGAUCUUUGGUCCUUUGCUUGCAUUUGUUUUGAGCUUGCAACUGGUGAUGUACUCUUUGAUCCUCACAGCGGUGACAACUUUGACAGGGAUGAGGAUCACUUAGCACUGAUGAUGGAGCUUCUUGGAAUGAUGCCUCGAAAGAUUGCUUUAGGUGGCCGGUAUUCUCGGGACUUUUUUAAUAGAUAUGGUGAUCUUAGGCAUAUUCGUCGGUUGCGCUUCUGGCCUCUUAAUAAGGUUCUUAUGGAGAAAUAUGAAUUUAGCGAGCAAGAUGCAAAUAACAUGACUGACUUCUUGGUUCCAAUCCUUGAUUUUGUCCCUGAGAAGCGGCCCACUGCAGCUCAGUGCCUUCUUCAUCCAUGGAUGAAUGCAGUCCCUUGUAGCUUAGAGCCAUCUAUGCCUGCUACCCAAAAUCAUGCUGCUGACAAUCUCAAGUCUGAGAAAAAAGAGAGAGAGAAGGAUGAGAGAGAGGCAAUGGAAGCUGGAAUGAGUAAUAUUUCUAUCAGUGUGGAUUUAAAAUCAGGCAAAGAUACGGAGUCUAGCAGUAAAACCACGAAGGUUUUAUCUAGCAAUACCUAAGCGGUUGGACGCAGAAGGGAUACCUUUUGAUUCGAAUCCUUGCAAGAGCUCGAGUACAACAAAAGCUUAAGAAGGAUAAGUGCAUGCACAAUUAUUUGUUGGGGUAUAUACAUCUCCUACUUUAUAUCUUUUAUCUUUAUUUUUAUAUAUUUAUUUUUAUAAUUGUUAUUGUUCAAUUUAUUGUGUGAUCAAUGUAGUAAGGCACUGCAUGCCAUUCUUAUAUAUAUAUAUAUAUAUAUAUAUCUCUUUGAUCAUGCUACAUUACUUGUAAGAAAAAAAGUUCAUUUAUUUUUAAUUCAGACUUUUGAGUAGUA